AUGGAAAGCUUUGAUAAGCAGAAUGCCAUCAGGACAGAACAGAGUGCACAGUGGAAUGUCAACCCCACCCCUAGUGUUUACACCAUGUUGGGAAAAACACCCCACAUUUCUGGAGGAGGAGAGGAUAAGAAGGAGAUGGAUGCUGACACUAAGCAGCAAGUAUUGAAUGAAACUUGCAAAGCAUUAAGAGAUGGAAAUGAUACAGAUGAUGCUGACACUAAACAGCAAGUAGUGAAUGAAAAGCAUGAAGCAUCAAGAGAUAGAAGUGAGACAGAUGAUGCUGACACUAAGCAACAAGUAGUGAAUGGAAAGCUUGGAGCAUCAAAAGAUGGAAAUGAGACAGGUGGUACUGACACUAAACAGCAAGUAGUGAAUGAAAAGCAAGAAGCACCAAAAGAUGUAAAUGAGACACAUGGUGCCAUUGCUCAAGACAUUGUGCUGGACAUGAAAAACAAAGAGACCCCACAGAGAAGAGUCUCUCGGUUCAGGAGAUUUUUGAACAUGGUCACUGCAUGUUUUAGGCGAAGGAGGCAACGAUAA